AUGUUUAUUAAUUUUUAGAAAAAGGCUUUGAAAAAUCUUAAGAAAGUGGAUAUAUUUUAGUAACCUGUUCAACUUUUAAUAAAACAAGAAGAGGGACAUAAAACUUUAUUUGGGGCUUGUUUAACCUUAGGAUUGAUUUCAUUCUUUCUUUAUUUACUAAUUGUUAAUCUCUAUACUUUAGGGCAAAGAAAUAAUCCGACUUCACUAACCACAGAGGUUUAUCAUGCAUAACCAGAAUAAUUCAAAUUUAAUGAUAAAAAUUUCACAUUAACUUUUGCUAUUUAAUCUUCAGAUUACGCUACAUAUAUAGAUGAAUCAAUCUAUAUAGUGGAAGCAAAAAUUACAACAAAGACAACCAAAACGUAUUAAUUAUCUUAAGUAUUUUUAGUUUUGAUAAUCAAAAAAUUGAUGAAUGGACUUCAAAGGAAAUUCCAUUAGCUCCUUGUACUUCAGAACUUAUUAGAUAGGUUGAAUUAUAAGAAUAUUUUUCUCAUAUAAAUUUACCAACAAAUUAUUGCAUUGAUUGGAAUAAAAUAGAUUAGUUAACUUUGGAAGGCACUUUUGACUCUUCAGCUUAUAGUUUUAUAUUAUUAUAAUUUAAAAUGUGUAACGAUCAAACAAAAAAAUCAAAGGAAUGUAAAUCUAGAAAUGAAAUUAAAUAACUUUUAGAACAAAAUUAUUUCUCUCUAUAAAUGUCAUCAUUUGUUAUCGAUGUCAAAAAUUAAGAAUAACCUUUUAAUUCUAAAGGUGAAGACAUUUUCACUACAAUAUCUAGUAAGAUUUUUAAAGAAAUUUCUUUUUAUAUGUAACCAAUUACUAUAUUAACAGAUCUUGGACUUAUUUCUGAAGAUUAUUAUAUAGAUCAAGGCUUAAGAUAUAAAAGACAUACAGAAAUGAUUGAUUUAAAUGAGAGUGAUUUAAUUAUGAAUGUCGCAAUAAGAUUAGAUUAGAUUGAAUAAUAAUAUUAUAGACAUUACACAAAAAUUCAAAUUAUUUUAAGUUAAAUGGGAGGACUUUGGUAAGUAUUUUUUACCGUUGCAUUACUUUUACAGAAACCUAUUAAUAUGUUAUCAUAUUAUGUUAGAGUUUUGAAUUCUUUAUUUGAGUUUGAACAAGAGAAGAAAAAGUCAGCAACAAUCAAAGUAGGAGAAGAUUAAAAUGCAGAUGUACCAUAAUAAGAAUUAUUAACUCGAAAAUAAUUAUAAUCAACUAGAGAAACUUUAUUUAUCGAAAAUAAAAAAAAAGCAUUUUAACGAUUAUAAUCUAUAAAAAUAAAGAAAAAAUAGAUGGAAGUAAUUGAUUCUAUGGCUGUUGAUCCACAAUCAAAAGAUGAAGCUAAAUAAUAAUUAACAAAAGCUAUAGAAUUUUCAAUCAAAGAGUAUUUUCAUAGCAUUUCCAGAAAACUAAAGAUGAAAUGGACAGAUUAUUUAUAUUUUAUAAGUUGUUUCGUUAAGUAAAUAUAAAAAUAUAAAGUAGUUCGAAAAAUUACAAAAGUCUUUAAAUUGAAUUUUCUGUCAAAAAAAUUAUUAAGUAAAUGGAUAUUAUAUAUAUAAUGAAAAAACUACAAGAAAUUGAUAAAUUGAAAAUGAUAUUAUUAACAGAAUCUUAGAUUAAAGUUUUUGAUUAUCUUUAAAAACCAACAAUUCCUUUAGAUCCAAAUUCUAAAUAGUUUAGCAUAAAUUAGCAUUAUUAUUCAAUAUUAAAGCCUAUGAAAAGUGAUUUUUAAAGAGCAGUAGAUGCUUAAAAUGCAUUUAAACACGUUGCUGAUCAUUUAGAAAAUCCCAUCAAUGUAAGAUUAAUAAAUUCUAUUGAUAAAUCCAUCGUAGACUUAUUGAAAAUAAGAAAAAAUACAUUAGAUUUCAUUUCUAUUGAUGAUGUUUGUAUUAGUGAAUAAGUUUAAGAUAAAAAUGCUGUUCUUGCAAUUGAUAUUAAAUAGAAACAUUCUUCAUUAGCAAAUUUUUAAAUUUGA